CUCUUCCUUUAACCUUGAAGAUUUAAUUGGUGCUGGACAAUGAAGUACUACGAAUGUGAGUGCGUGCAUGCGUGCAUGCGUUUCAGUGAGCGAGGGUGUGAAUGUGCCCAAGUAAGGUGGUACUAGGUGUGUGUUGGUGUGUGCGUGUGAUCCAGAGUCUUGAAACUGUACUGACUUCACACCCGUCGAUUCGCCAUCAUCAUCGUGAUUUUUAGCUCGGACCUCUCCUUCCACACGUGAGAUAAGAAAUUUGUAGAAGAUCUGCGAUUGCGCAAAUCAUCGAUCUUAAUUCAGGAUUCUAAUUAACAAUUGCAAUUGGUUUUCGUCACUGGUGUUCAACUUUUAUGGUGGGUUAAGGCAAUAUUUCGAAGAAUCCCCUCUGUUCAUGUCUAAAAAGACACCUUAACACAACAAAAUCUUUAAAGUCAGAGAACCAUAAAGUCUGACGACAUUUUACUAAACAAACAAUUUCACCAUUGCUAAAACACAUAAGGUCAAAUCCUUGCUCUGACUUACGUUUUGAAUGAUCAACAAACAUGUGCAACUGACAAACUCAAAAUGUUGUUAUUAGAAGAGUUGUGGAUGCUUUUAGAGUGGUGACUCAAGACGAUCUUCACAAAGCUCACUUACUUGGAAUGGACGGUACCACAAUAGUGAGUAUGUACUGUAAGUAUGUGUAUGGUCGCUCUUCCGAGCUCUUCAUAAAUGGAAGUUGGGUUCAUUCUCAAUGUCAAGUUUGCCAAGGGUCUUCAAUACAAUGAGUCACCAAAGUCAAAACCCAAAGUCAACCACCAAACCACACAUUACAUAACCAAUUGCAUAAGGGUACAUUCCACAAACAAAGUGACAUUCGGACCUGACACGUCGUAAGAAAUCAAUUCGAAGCAACCACUCAUUUUUCGUCCUAUUCGCCCGAUUGAAAUGAGUAUUAUGUGCUCCAACAAAUAUGUUUCAUAUCCUUAUUUUUGGGACACACUGCCCAAGAAGUAAUGGAGGAACUUCGAGCGUUCGUUUUCCACUCAGCCAGUUUACCGGGCAACGUUACAAUCGAGCCCCACGAGGUUCUAGGAUCGAGUGAGUGAGCGAGUUGGUGUGCAUGCAUUGAGAGUGUGCACCUACUGUGGUGAACGUGUGAGUGUGUGUGUGUGUGUUUGUGUGUAUAUGUGUGAAAGAGGGACAGAGCGAAAGAAGGACAGAGGGAACAAGGAAAGGAAGAGUCCCCUCGUCGCUCACGGUUCGAGGAUUCGAUCAAGAAUGAGGGAGAGACAAAAAACGCCAGAAUUUGUUAGUUGGUCAUCCAGAGUACGCGAACGGUGUAGGUAUACUGUACAUGUAUGCUCAACUAUUUUUCAGAUGAGUGUUGGUGCUUUAAGAGGACAGAAGUGUCCUUGUACUGUUCAUCAAUUGGGGGAAUCAGUGAAGUGAUUGUUGACCCAGUGAUACAAUGUGAUCAGAACUGAUUGAGAACCAUUACGGCUGCUGACAGUGCCAUCGUCGAUUAACCUGGAACACCAAGCUAUCUUGUACUGACGUUGAAGUCUCCAAGUCAUGUUUGUGGUGAUGCCACCCUCGUGUUCUCAUCGUUAUCAUUUUCACCUGACCACUUGCAUUCACAUUUAAAGAUAUGGAUUGGUCCCGAUUCCUGUACUCAUUGCUUCUCCUCUUCCAAAUAUCCUUCCAAUCAUGUGUUGCCAAAUCGAGGUCUAAUGCCCGACGGCAUUCGGGUCGACUUUUGGGCCGACCCAAUCCCAUCAAAUGUGCCCGAAGGCCCCGAUCGCUCUUGAGCAAAGAUAAUGGGCAUUACUAUUUCUUCUCUGUAGAUACUAAAUACAAGGGUGCGGAAGCCACGUGGUUGGACUCCCGCAAUUUGUGCCGCGAACAAUGCAUGGACUUGGUGUCAAUUGAGACAUCGAGCGAAAAUCAAAUGAUCAUAGAUCUCAUUCUCCAGAGAAAUUUGAGAGAUGCGUGGACUUCAGGCAGGCUGUGUAACUUCAAUGGGUGCAACCAACCUCAUCUACAACCCAGACACAUCAAUGGUUGGUUUUGGUCGGGGACCGGGAUCAGCAUCGCCUCCACCAAUUCGACACCAGCUGGUUGGUCAGAGAACCCCUGGUCGAGGACAGGAUUCAUUGGACAAUUCCUAGCUCAUGAUGUUCCUCAACCGGACAAUGCGGAAUACCUCCUAAAUCCUAGUCUAGCCACGGUAGAAGCCUGUCUGGCCGUGAAUAACAAUUGGUAUGGUGACGGGGUCACGUGGCAUGAUACAGCCUGUUACAGAAAGAAACCUUUCAUCUGCGAGGAUUCGGAUAUCCUCAUGCGAAGAGCCAGAGCCCUCAAUCCUCAAAUGUUUGCCUGAGUGACCUAUGAAUGAGCCAUCAAGAAGUGAUCCUAGUCUCUGGGCAAUAUUGGAACUCUAACAAUGAUAAUCAAAAUUUAUUCCUCAACGAACUGUCUGAGUCAAAUACAAUAAGCAUGAGUAUAA